GACUUCCGGUCACAUGACAUCGGGGGUGUGUAUGUGUUUGGGGGAGAUGUACGCUUCAUGUAAACAUCGUCGGACCGAAAUUUGCCCCGAAUUGUUACCCGAUAGGCAGUACCUUUAAACAAUAUCUCUGCACGGCCGACAGCAGCCGGACAGCUAUUCAUGACAGGCCGACCACUGUCGAUCGAUGGCCAUGGACGUCCCUGUGAAUCUGAGGGUGAAUUUCAGGGGCAGGGUGGAGAGCUUCCUUGUUUCGGACUGGAAAAGGUCGAGCUGGGAGUCCAUGGAGGCCAUGAUGAAGACGUCAUUUGGUUUGACCAGCUUGCAAGUUAAAUAUUUGGAUGAGGACAAAGAGGAGGUUUUCAUAAACUCUCAAGAAGAGUAUCAAGAAGCUCUAAAGAGUGCAGUGAAGCAGGGCUACCAGCUCAACAUGAAUGUGUACAAGACGAAAGCUCCAGCGGACAGAGUGGUGAAGGCCAAGGGGAAAGAGGUGAAGACCCGUGCCAGGCCGGCCCCACCCUACCCAUCCAUGAUCAAGACUGUGGACCGAGAGACGCAGGUGCCAGUCCUGGAGCAGGAUGGGGUGUUGUCAGAGGUAAGGGAGAGCAGAGAAGACAAUGAAGCCCCUCCACAGUGGUUUACGUCUUACAUGGAGAAGUUCAAAGACCAGGUGGUGAAGGAGGCAGUGGACAGGAUCUGUCAUGAGUUUUCCGGUCAGUGCUGCAUUCACAAGCUCCCUCACCUGGCAUCCACGGACCCAGCCGGGCCCAGCGUCCAGGUGCCCGAAGUCAGCUCCACUGUGCAGGGGGCUGCCGGCUCCACGACUUCCUGCAGUAGUUGCCAGGGCCAGAUGUCAGGGGGUGGAUACCAGUGUAGUGUGUGUCCAGCCUACACCCUUUGUGAGCAGUGCAGCUAUGCCCAUGACCCCAGCCACCACCUGCUGAGAGCUGGAACCCCCCUCUCCAUCCCCGAGUACGGGGUGCCGGGGGAACACUACAGGCUCCAGAGGCAAGGCGAACGGAGCUUCCGCAAAGCGGAGAAGCAGCGCCUGAAGGCGGAGAAGCGGCAGCUGAAGGCGGAGGUGAAGGAGAUCAGGAAGCAGCUGAGGAUGGAGAAGCGGGGCCUGCAGUUGAGCUCGGCUUGUGACCGCAGCCCUCAGCCUGUGCUGCUUGUUCCCCGGGGCACCCAGAUCGCCAGUCCGGAGAGGCCUAAGAUCGCCUGCCCCACCGUGGUUCCUGCCAUGACUGCGCUGUUCCUUGAUGAGAACCUGCCCGACGGGACCCGUAUGCAGCCCGGCACGAAGUUCAUAAAAUACUGGAAGAUGAGGAACACCGGAUCCGUGUCCUGGACCACGGAGACCAAGCUGAAGUUCAUGUGGGGCAACUUGUCCCUGGCAUCGCGGGAGAAGGGGAAGGAGGUGGCCGUGCCCUUCUUGCAGCCAGGCCAGGUGGGCGUGGUGAACGUGGCCUUCGUGGCACCGGUCAUGGAGGGCACCUACACCUCGCACUGGCGCCUCGCCCACCGCGGGGAGCAGUUUGGCCCACGGGUGUGGUGUAGCAUCGUGGUGGACGCCGAUGCCCGACCGGAGAAUGCCUCGCCAUACUGCACUGCCCAGGAGAAGGAGCACAGCACGGCGGAUAAGGAUGGGGCGUGCUGUGCCGCCGCUCGCGAUCGCACGCCUGUGUCUACGGGCUCUGAUAGGGAGUACUACAUUCCCUCUGUGGACCUGCUCACGGCACAGGACCUCCUGUCUUUCGAGCUGCUUGACAUCAACAUCGUCCAGGAGCUGGAGAGGGUACCCCACAACACACCGGCAGACAUGACUCCAUGCAUGUCUCCUGUUCCGAACGACGGCGCCCUAUCGGAGAAGCGUAAUCUGUCCUUGAUCAAGGUUGAGGCCGAAGCAGAGGGGGUGAAAAGCCUUCUGGGGGUGGCGAAGGGGGCACCCAAGCAGCUGAUGGCCGUUCCAGCCCAAGAGGAGGGUGAGGAGGACAUUAGCGGAACGCAGUUCGUGUGCGAGACCGUGAUUCGCUCGCUGACCUUGGAAGAAGCUCCGGACCGCAGACCUCUUCGCCGUGUGCAGGCCGACUGCAGCAGAGCCCAGGAGCCUCUGCGCUGUGAGAGAGCUGGUCAGGAGCAGGCAGAAGGCAGAGGGACACCUUCUGUGGCCCCAGCAGUCGGGAAGAGUGAAGAGCCAGUCCAUGGCCCCCCUGAAGCCAUGCAGGAUGAGCAGGCGGAGCCGGAGACCUGCGCGGACGGCGAGGUCAGCAAGAUGGGCAUGGAGCCCGGCAGCCAAUCGGAAGCCGAGGAAGACGGCGACAGGGACGAGGUGCGCAGCCAGGCAUCUUCCGUCUCUUCCGAGGACUACAUCGUCAUCCUGCCCGACUGCUUCGACACCAGUCGCCCACUGGCCGAGUCCAUGUACAGCUCUGCGCUGUCGCAGGCCGGCAGCACGGAGGGCGGCCCGGGACCCCUGGAUCGCGCCACGCCGGAAGGCGAGCGCAAGGAGGAGGCCCUGUGUGCCAGUGGCGGCGACGGCGGCGUCAACGACAUGCUGUGCACCUCCCAGACACUGGACGCCGUGCCCCUCACGCCGGUAGUGGUAACUACCCCAGGUCCUGCCACUCCGCUGUCACCUACCAGGUCACAGUUGUCCUGUAUGGUGGAAUCGGGGGCCAUUGUGAAUGACAAGCUGUAUCAGAGUGACGAUCCCAUGGACGGGAGCAGUCGGGAGUCUUCCCCAGUCACAGUGACCCCACCUGACAGCGCUGACUCCAGUCAGCAGGACUCACAGGACCCCAGGGCACACGGCGGUAUCGCUGGCGGGCUUGUCAAGGGAGCUCUGUCUGUAGCAGCCUCAGCCUACAAGGCCCUCUUCACUGGCCAGCCCGGUCCACCAUUGCCGCCCGGGGACGCAGCCAGCCAGGACACCACCAUGAUGGCAGUGCUGCUGGAAAUGGGCUUCGGAGACCGGCAGCUCAACCGGCGGCUGCUGCGGAAACACAACCACAACCUGCUGGACGUGGUCAAUGAGCUGGUGCAGAUGGCCGACAACGAGUGGUACGCCACGCGUUACUGAGGACAGAGCCUCCCACGCCGAGGCCAGCUUCCUGCUCCUGCCGCUCCUCCUCCUCUCUCUCGUAGGACAGCGCUCCCGUUGCUGCGUAGAUCAACCCCACACGUGGCGGCCAGAUACCGCUUGCUGACUCCUGCGUGAGGCGCUACAGUGGUUUCCCCAUUUCUUUAUAUUAAACUUCACAGUGAAAGUGGCAUAUAAGUAAAAUUGUUAGGUAAAGGCCUCUGUGUUUGGUGAUAUAUUAUCUCUAACGUAGCUGGGACACUUGUGCUAUUACCAGGGUAAACAAACAAAACAGGGAAUAAGGUCAGCAUAUAUGGAGAACAGCAGUGUAACAGUCUAAACACACAAUAUAACCUCCUGCCUAAUGAUUCUUCUAGUGUACCUGCUAGAACAUAAUACGGUAGUGCUAAAUUAAUCUGGGCUUUUGUGCGACUUUAAGACAGUUGUUAUAGCUCAAACGUGUAGAUAUGUAUUGAAACUUUGUAUAAAUGACAUGCAUGACUGUCUCUGUGGAGAGUACAACCCAUUUUUUGUGACAGGCUGGGAUAAAACAAACCGCCAUAUUUAGAGGUACCAGAGGCGACGGAGGUUUGGAAUGCACUGCUGAACGUUAACAAUGCGAUGCAAAAUGUUACCGUUUCUUUUCCAUGGAGGACCGAGUUGGUGGUCUAGGAGCUUCACAGAGUGCUCAGUGCUUGAGAGAAAAGUGAGAGAGGGCUGGGGAGGGGCAACAAACAUUCCUGUGUCCGUCAGUGAGACGCAUUGUGAUGCCACUGGCCUUUUUGUGCAGUAAAUGUUGAUAGACUUGGUAACGUUUCAGUUUCAUUUCAAAAUAUUCCUUAACCUUAGGUGAGCCCGGUUUUAACCUGGGUAAGUAGUGGCUUAACUGAAGUGAACCUAAGGAGAAAGAUGCUCUUUCCGAAUCUCACUUGUCUGAUUUGUCGAGAGCACAUUGUAUUGUUAUGGUGCUGUGCUUGUGAUGGAUGCAGAGUUGACGCUUUUGUUAGUUCAAAUCAGUUUAGUUGUGUUAUAUAAGUGAAAGCAGGACUCACUCUCUCCUUCUUCACAUCUGGUUCUCUGUCUGAAAGCAGGGUACACUUUGGAUUAGUCUCCAGUCCAUGCUGGCUUAGAAUAAGACCCUCUUCAUUUUUUCGUUUUUAAGAAUUCAUUAUAGGAUUCUCAUAUUAUUUGGCAUGUGUUUCUGGUGUGACUUGACAGAUAAUGCUUAAAGCCAUAUAUAUUUCUUUUUUGCUGUUAUAUGUUCUCUCUCCCACGGCUAGAAAUUUCUAUUUAGAAGUACAAUCUGGGUUUAGAGGCUCUGACUUCUUAUUUCUCUUCUGUGCUACACUUUUCUCCGGGGGGGGGGGCUGGCUCUGUUGUUCUCAAGUGAACCAGUGAUAUGUUCGGCUCACGCUGUGGUGGUGAAUAAGGGGCAACUGUGUGAAAUUAACUGCAAGUGCAAGAUUCAUUUUCCCUGAAGGCUUAGACAUGUUAAAAUGCUCCUCAAGAACAAAGUGGUACAGCAGAGAAUGUUUUUGUCUUUACUAGACUGGAGCUAUAUAUAAAAUAUAUAUAAUAUAUAUAUAUAUAUUCUUUGUCUGAUAAAUUGUCCAAAGCAACCCAAAUAAGUGAUUUGAGUGCUGUGCAUUUGAACUUUUACAAUAUGCGUGUGGAAGGAAAAUGUAGAGGAAUAAAACGUUUUUAUGAAAAUUUUAAGUGAAAGUGAGCAGAGUUCAAUGUGCUUUUAAUUUUUCAAUCUUGAAGAGCCUCGACCCAGCAUGACCAAGAUGAGGGAUGUGAGAUGACUGUCUGAAAUUGUCUGCCUGAAAUUCAGUGGCGAUGCUUUGCUGGGGGAAGUUGUAAUGGGUUCAACAAGAUUGUAUGUAUUACAAGGGAUUUAAGUGUUGGGACCCACGGUACAUUCCAGGUGGGGGGAGACUGAAGUACAAACCAGUAGAAUUAACUUUUCUAAGUGGUGGCAAGCAGGGCGGUCAGUUAGCAGUGUCAAUUGCUUAUUAAGGUUGGGGGAGAAAACAGAAAUUGUACGUCUGUAGCACAGGGUUGUGUUUCCUUGUCAUACUGUCAUCGCAGUUUUCCGAGGCUUGUGGUCGCAAAUUGGAGGCAAACGCUAUUUUUUUCAGCUUAUAGAUGAGGAAAAGACAUAAUAAAAUUUAGCAUUUGAUAAUCAUCGUGUUUUUCCUUAGGGAAAGUGAAGUCUAGAUUUACUGUGAAACAGGAAAUGGUAUUUAUUAAUGAGUACCUGCUUCAGUGCUAAGUGUUUGAGUCAUACUCUUAGGUGUUAUUGAGAAAUGGUGGGGCUUGAGGUGGAAUUGCUGUGCAGGUUCAGUUCAUAGGUGUCUUAAUAGGAAUCCUUUUUUCCUUCAUGGUGAUGUCGCAGCCUUCAGUGGAACCUCUCCUCCACUCUUUAGUGAUUAGACACAUUUAAAAUGGCACCAAAGGGGUUUUAAUGACUAGACAUGGCAGUAAGUCUGUUCCCCUGAUGAGUGGAUGGAGUGUGGAAUCGCUCUGCUGCUGAAGGUCAGGAGCUGGUUUCACUGAAAGCUCCGUUGCAUGAGCUGAGCAUGGGAUCUUAGGGGGACUGCUUUCAUGCUUUUUGUUUUAUGUUGGAUAAGCACUUUACAGAAAUGCACCUGUUCUAAAAUCAUGUUUGUUGCUGAUAUGAUUUAAUAAAGUUAAUUAUAAUAUCAC